UCUCUCUCUCGCAUACACAUACAGACAUCCAAUCCUUCCUCCUCCUUCACCCGCUGUCCCUCAGCAGACAAACAUUCCUCAUUUCCGACCAGAUCAGAUUAAGGCGAGCCCGCCAUGUUGGCACCCCUGGUCUCCAAAGACUCGACAUCGCCGCAGUGGAGGGAUCAAGAAGAUCCUAGUGCCGAGGAUCCCGGCAAGACCAGCCUUGGCGUCCUGCUCAAGGAGGGCCGGUCCUUGUCUGCGAUAGCCGUCCCGAUGGUCUUGACCGGCCUCCUGAUCUACGCCCGCUCGGCCAUCUCGAUGCUCUUCCUCGGCCGCCUCGGCGACCUCGCCCUCGCUGGCGGGUCCCUUGCCAUCGGCUUCGCCAACAUCACGGGCUACUCUGUCCUCUCUGGCCUCGCCAUGGGUAUGGAGCCCAUCUGUGGCCAGGCCUUCGGGGCUGGCCGGUACAAGGUUCUUGGCCUCACCAUGCAGAGGACUAUCCUUUUGCUCCUCCUAACUUCAAUCCCCAUCUCUGUCCUGUGGCUCAACAUGAAGCCAAUCCUCCUGUAUUUUGGGCAGCAAGAUGACAUCUCGUCUCAAGCUCAGCUAUACAUCCUCUGCUCGCUCCCUGACCUUGUCGCGCAGUCGCUCUUGCACCCACUGCGCAUAUACCUCCGCUCACAGUCCAUUACAAUGCCGCUUACCUUCUGUGCUGCUCAGGCUAUUAUCCUCCACGUCCUUAUCAAUUACCUCCUCGUCAAUGUGCUCGGCCUUGGGAUCAGAGGCGUUGCGCUCGCUGCCGUCUUGACCAAUAUCAAUCUCGUGGCAUCGCUGAUCCUUUACGUACUAAUCUCCGGCGUGCAUAAGAACACGUGGGGCGGGUUCUCGUCGGAAUGCCUCAAGGGGUUCAAGUCCCUCGUGGACUUGGCGGUCCCUAGCUGCAUCUCAGUCUGCCUUGAGUGGUGGUGGUACGAGAUCAUGAUCUUGCUAUGCGGGUAUCUGUUGAAUCCCCGAGCCACCGUUGCCUCCAUGGGGGUUUUGAUCCAGACAACCGCACUGGUAUACAUCUUCCCGUCCUCACUGAGCUUCAGCGUGUCGACGAGGGUCGGGAAUGAGCUUGGGGCGGGCCAGCCCGACAAGGCAAGGCUGGCGAUGAACGUGGGGCUCGCUUUUAGCUUUGUGUUGGGGUUCGCUGCUUUGGUGUUCACUACGAUGGUAAGGCACACGUGGGCGAGGAUGUUCACACAGGAUACUGACAUUGUGGCCUUGACCUCCAUGGUCUUGCCCCUUAUAGGGCUGUGCGAGCUUGGGAACUGCCCGCAGACGACGGGGUGCGGCGUUCUCAGAGGGACUGCGAGGCCGAAGAUGGGGGCGCACAUCAACUUGGGUUGCUUCUAUCUGGUCGGCAUGCCAAUCGCCGUGUGGCUGAGUUUCUUCUUGGGGUUCGACUUCAAGGGGCUGUGGCUCGGGCUAUUGGCGGCGCAGGGCUCGUGCGUCGUGACCAUGUUGCUUGUCUUGGUCCGGACCAACUGGGAAGGCGAGGCACGGAGAGCCCAAGAACUCACUAGAGAAAAUGCGACCACCGUAGAUGGCGAUCACGAUCAGCAUGAUAGCGCAAGUCAAUGAUGGAGGUCUCACGAGGACGGCAAAGAAGAUGAGACGUCAAGGCUAUUGCCAUAAAGAGAAAAAGAAUUUAGGGGUAGAUCAUCGACUGACCACCUUUAUUUUUUGGUUCAAUUUCUGGGUGCGACCCUAGAAUUAAUGGAUUUUAUGAUAUUGGUUCGCGAAAUCUACAGAUUAUGGACCAACUUAAUGUGUUCGGGGAGAUGUGAGAGAGGAACGGUCGGACAUUUUUUUUAAUUAGUAA